AUGUCCACGUUCUACGUUGCAACUGAGGUUCUCGAUGCAUCCGGCCCUGUUAUUAUCUGCGUGCCUCGUCAACGUAGCUCACCAGAUCUCAUCUACAAGUGGCCAUUACUACUUGGCUUGGGUAUACAGGAAGAAUAUGAGGCACUGAGGCGUAAGACCUGCAUGCUUCACUCACCUAGUAGGAGAAGGAAAGAGGUUGCAUACGAAUGGCAUACCCGUAUACCUUCCUCCAGGAUAUUGAGUACAUAUUCUCUAGCUGCCCAUCGCUCGGGGGAUGUCGACGAUUUCCUGGACACGGCUGAGCUAGCAGUUGAGGUGAUGUCGCACACAUAUCUUUUCAUCCUGUUCCUUCACAGGGCGCCCAACUAUCUCAAUGCUCCAUCCAGGGUUGAUGCUAUUGAGUUCCAUGUUGGUAACUCUGUUUCCAUGACUAUGCUGGGAUGGUAUCAACAAGAGUAUUAUGGCUCCCAUACACACCUGAAAUGCCUGCCUGAAUAUUAUCGAGGGAGAACACCGCAAUACAAGUUGAAGCAUGGGGAAGAGAACGUCAGGGCUUUGUUUGACUUGACGUCGAUGGUCCAAAUAUACUAUUUUGAUUACGAACGGUCAUCAUGCGUCGACUUUACUGCACACCGCUUGCCAGCUCCGCUUCGAAAUUCAGGAAGACCCUCGUAUCUUCUGUUCUCACUGGUGGUCGAUAGUGGACCAUCCCGUUUUUGUGACGAUUUCCUUCUGUUCAACAUCGCGUCGGAUCAACGCAUGCCCAGUGGCUAUGGAAAGAGUCAGCAAGCAAGUGUCUGCAUACGAUCGAUAAGGGAGAUCCAAGCUCGAUGGCACGCGAUAAGGGCGAAAAAGAGACUAAGUGAGGUUACCGAGGCCAGCGAUGCGUCCACCGAGUUUCG